AUGACAAACUCAUCACUGUCAGAAGCAAGGAUAUCUACAAAUAAGAGUCUAUCUGAUGAUUCCCACCAUUCUACAAUAGAAGAUGAAGAAGACAUUAUACCUUAUCAAAUCCAACAAAUCACUACUAGAUCCUCAUCAGCAUCAACAGCAGCCGCAUCUGAUAAUAAUUCAAUAUCAAGAAUAAGAUCAAACCAAUCUGAAUUAUCUAGAAUAAUAAGUGGCAUUCGUGAUGAUGAACAACAAUUAGAUCAUAUUACUAAAUAUAAUACAUUUGGUGAAUCGGAAUUUAUUUUAGCAAAUCAAUUAGAUAGAGUAGGAACUAAUGUAAUAGAACACCCUCAACGAAAUUCAAUUGAUGAUUUAGAAUCACAACAGCCAAGCAUUGGUGGCUCAAAAAUAUCAAGUAGAAGAUCAAGUAUCCAUGAAAGAUCAAGUGAUUCUGAAGAUAAAAUUACAAAACAGGAUGGAAAUAUUGACCAACAAGAAGAACAAGAAGAGCAAUGUCGAUAUAAACCAGAUGGAGGAAUGGCAUGGAUUAUGGCCUUCUGUGCUAUGAUGGCUAUGUUUGCAACUUGGGGUGCAAAUGCUGGAUUUGGUGUGUUUUUAAAUUAUUACUUAACAAGCAAUACAUUUCCAGAGGCAACACGUUAUGAUUUUGCUUUAAUUGGUGGUAUUAUUGUUUGUUUGGCUAAUUUAUUAUCUCCAAUAACUGCUUUAGUUUAUAAAGUUUUUGGUUUUAAAAUUAGUUGUUUUAUUGGGAUUAUAUUCCAAACUGCUGGUUGGAUUUUAGCUUCAUUUGCUACCAAAUUAUGGCAUUUAUACCUUACUCAAGGUGUACUUGUUGGUAUUUCUUUCCUGUUGAUUUUCAUUCCUGCAACUUUGGUAUUGCCUACUUGGUUUGAAAAGCAAAAAGCAGCAUCUAUGGGAUUUUGUGUUUCUGGAGCUGGAUUGGGUGGGUUAAUUUUUUCAUUAAGUGUUAAUAAAGUAAUUGAAGAUACCGGCGAUCAAAAAUGGGCUUUAAGAAUGGUUGGUAUAGUUUGUUUCUUUUCAGUUUUAUUUAGUGCCUUGAUUAUGAAACCUAGAAAUUAUAAAAAAUUACCUUUAAAAUCAACCAUGACUAAGAAAUUCAUAGUUGAGAAUUUUAAAGCUAUAUUUGAUCCCAAGAUUGUUAAAAUCUCCGGAGUUUGUAUAAUUUCCAUUUGGUUUGCCAUUGCACUUUUAGGAUAUACCUUGAUGUUAUUUUCAUUAUCUUCUUAUGCCAGUUCAGUUGGCCUUUCUCAUUCGCAAGCAUCAGUAUUAACUGCCGUUAUGAAUGCAGCUCAAAUUGUUGGACGUCCAUGUAUGGGGUUAACUGCUGAUUCAAUAGGUAGGGCUAAUUUUGCAAGUUGUGCAAGUUUAUUAAUUUCAAUUUUGUUGUACGCAUUUUGGAUAAAUGCAACUUCAUAUGGCUCAUUAAUUGCAUUUGCAUGUAUAAUUGGUUUAAUCAUUGGUGUUGGUUCUUCAUUAGCUCAACCAUUAGCUGCUGAUGUAAUUCAUCCUCAUAUGGAUAAAAUGCCAGCUGCUUGGUCAGCUAUUAAUAUUUUUGUCUCACCAUUUUGUCUUGUUUCUGAAGUUAUUGCACUUUCAUUGGUCACUAAUCAUUCAAGUAGACCUUAUUUGCAUACGCAAAUAUUUGCUGGAACUUGCUUUUUUGCAUGCUUUUUAAUAAUGUUGACAUUAAGAGAAUAUUUGAUUAGAAAAUUCAUAAAGGAAAGAUUGGAGUUGAUGCAAAUUAAGUUGACAAAUAUUUCUGGUACUACCAAAAGCGGAUACUUGAAAUCAGAUGCCAAAACUGAAAGCGAUGAUUCCGAUGAAGGUGAUAACGCCGAAGAAGAAUCUAUUUUAAAAGCAAGAGUUGAAAGAUAUAAUUAUUUAUUAAGAGGGUCGGUCAAGAAUUAUUUUGUCCGUAUGUUAUAUCCAGUUAGAAUAUAG